AUGCAGAAAGCUCUGGCAUCUUUACUGCCCAAGUUGGGUCGACAAAGCCUAACCCAUCGAGUAUUGCGAGUAGAUCACGCUGGCGAAUAUGCUGCUUACAAAAUUUAUGCUGGACAAAUAGCUGCCCUUCAGAGAGAUCCUGUAUGUUCGAUUCUUCAACACUUGCAGAAUCAGGAAACAGAGCAUCUUUGCGAAAUGGAACGUCUCUGCGCAAAACAUCAAGUCAGAAAGACAGUGUUUACGCCACUCUAUCAUUUUAUUGGCUUUGGUUUGGGUUACGUAAGUGGAAUUUUGGGAGUGCGUACUGCAAUGGGUCUGACGGUGGCUGUUGAAGAGCUAAUUGCCAAACAUUAUAGUGGCCAAAUUGAAAAGCUCGUCGAAGACGAUCCCACAGCGCAUGCUGAACUACUCGAGAAGCUUUCUAAGUUUCGAGACGAUGAAAUUGAGCACCACGACACUGCUGUUGAACACGGCGGCUUGCAAGCCCCAUUUUUUGGUGCCUUCAAAUGGCUUAUUCAAGCUGGUUGCAAGACUGCCAUAGCAAUUUCGUCGCGUGUUUAA